UGUUCACCCCUUCUGCCCCUCCAUUCCUCUUCUUCCAAUAGCCAAGACUCUGAGACACCCACACGCCCCCUUCCAGACUGCACACGCGGGAGGGAAGUAAAGUGAGCAAACAAGCAGCCGUGCUGCCGCCUCCUCCAUUAGCAAAGAUGACACUGAGCUCUCCGUCCUCCUCCCCCUCGUCACCCUCCUCCCCCUUGGGGCCCGUAGCCUCCGUCGCGUCCUCGGGGUGGCGUGGGGUUCCAAGCCGGCCUCGGGGUGGCGGCCUGCGGGCCAAGCUCCCAGCGCCGCUACGGGGCGGGUUGUGGUGCGCUGCACGCAGGCUUCCCCCAGCAGGUGGCACCGGGAUCCCAGGCGCCGCCGCCGCUUAGUCAGUGCCACACGCGAGCCAUUGCUUUGCCUCCUUCUCUUCCCCCUCCUCCUCCUCCUUUCUCCCUAUACGCGCACCCUUGCUUGAUUUCCUUGCUCCAGCCGGCAAAGCGUUCACCUCUUCCUUCUUCUACCAGGAGGCCCGGGAGAGGAGGGGAACCGCAGCGCCCCUUCAAAGUUUAGAACUGAAUGUGGGGGAAAGCCUGGACCCGAGGUGGGGGCAACUCUGGAGCUAACUUGUUCCACUUCCUUUCUUUUUCUUUCUCUGCACUUGGAACUGAAAUAAUCCAGUUCCAGUUUUAUUUUUGCUGAUUGAAGAGACGGACCUUGGUCUUCCUUGCUUGGGUGACUGCUGUACCCAGCCCUCUCCCCCCCCUCCCGGUCUCAUCCCAUUUGAUUUCUCCUUCCUUUCUUCCUCCUUCCUCCCUCUUGCUCACACUAUGGAGUUUACUGAGAGGAAAAGAAGCAGGAAAUCCCAAAGCUUUAAACUGAUAAAUCAAGAUUAUCAUCAUGAGGCAUACAAGAUCUCUGACUACAGUAAUGAUGUUAAUGGGGAGGCCAAAGAAGUGCAACCAUUUUAUUUAGGAGAUGAAAGCCGGGAAAUUAAAAAACAAAUUACAGGGAUGAGAAGAUUACUGAAUGACAGCACUGGAAGAAUAUAUCAGCGAGUUGGCAAGGAAGGAGAAAAACUGAAGGAAGAACCCCAGGACUUAGAUUUGGCGUGGGCUCAGCGUCUGAAUCCCCCUGCAGAAACACAGGCAAAUCUCCAUCCAUCUCAGGGUGGUACUUGGAAUGAAUUGUCUCCCCAAACUAGCCAGUAUUCAGGGCAAUAUGGAACUCGGUCAAAAACCUUCCAAAAUCAAGCAAGAACCAUAGGUUCAAAUGGAGAAGUUCCACCGGCUAAUACCUCCUCUGGCUCAGAUUGUUGUACUUGUAAUUGCCAACCGGCAUUGCAAGCCAUUCUUCAAGAGCUUAAGACCAUGAGAAAGAUAAUGCAGAUCCAAGCAGUUGCUGCUCAGAACAGACAACAGCCUCCAGUACCUUUGAUUUGUGCACAGAAAUCAACACUGUCAAGAAAGAGAAAUAAAAAGAAAAAAAUGUCCCCAAAGACUAGUGAACCUCUUACUGUGAAUAAAAAGCCUGGCACUGUAGAAAGUGGAAAAAAGCUACUAGCAAACUCUGGAAGGUCUAGUGUGGAAGCUGCUGAAUCCUCCUCAAAAUUGGAGUCGCAAGUUUCAGGAUUUGGCAUCAUCCUCGAAUCUUCAUCUUCAGAUCCAGAAGUGCAACUUGCUGAAGGCUUUGACGUCUUUAUGUCUAAAUCACAACUGGACUCUAUAUUAGUGAAUUACACACGUUCAGGAAGCCUGCUGUUUCGAAAGUUGGUGUGUGCGUUUUUUGAUGACAAGACCUUGGCCAACUCUUUACCCAAUGGCAAAAGGAAAAGAGGUCUCAAUGACAACCGAAAAGGACUAGACCAAAAUAUUGUGGGUGCAAUAAAAGUGUUCACAGAAAAAUACUGCACUGCGAAUCAUGUGGAUAAACUACCUGGCCCAAGAGACUGGGUACAGAUUCUGCAGGAUCAAAUCAAACUGGCAAGAAGACGGUUAAAAAGAGGCUCAGUAGAGACAACUGACUGUGAUGAGAAACUGGACCUUUCUCUACUACAAACAGGUAACCUCUUUGAAACCACACAUUCUGUGCCAGUGUUUCAUUAGCAGAUCCAGACAACUUUACAUUUGAGCAGGAUACCAGCGAUGUUUUCAGACUACUUCAGUAUCUAUGUUCUCUGUCAUGGCCUCAGACUUUUUUCAUGCUUUUGUUAGAUAGGAUAACAAAGCCACAAAAUUACUUGUUUUCUUUUUAUUUUGAUCAGAAUAGACUUGUUCAGCAGCAAGGACAUAGUGCAAUUAAUCCGAUAACCACUGUAAUAGAACAAAUUUUGCCUUUAUGAUUGCAUUUCCCCACAUAAAUAUAUGCAUGCUGGCUGUUUCCUCCAUCUUCAGUUAAACAGAGAAAAAUAAAGUUAGACCUCUCUCUUGGGAGAGAGCUCUGAAGAACCCCAUUUUAUAUUGGCUUCUUGGUAGAAAUCAGAGGACCAAAACUCUACAAAGUAAAUGAAUCAUUAUCAUCUGCUCUGGAGACACUUCCCCUCUCUUUUCUUAGUCUAUGAUUUUUCUCCAUGGGUAAAGAUGGUAAAUUGUUAAAUAUUCUUCUCUGAAUAAGAUACAAUAUUAGUGUAUUUGACCAUACGAACCCCACUAAUUGAUGCUAAUAUAUGGCCAGAUGUUUUAGUCCAGAACAAGUAUUGGUGAACGUGAAAUGAAUUGUUAUUGAUCUUUUAUUUUUGCAGACUACUUGUUAUAAGAGCCCCCUCACCGCUCUCCCUCCCCACCCCAUCCCCCUGAUUUCAAGUCUGGCAGCAGUCUUUGUCGUUCCAAAAAAAGUUAUUUCAAAAAUUAUUGCUGUCACUAGUCUCUACAGCACUUUGAUGUACUCAGCUUUUUUGGUGGUACUGAAUAUACCAUGCCAAUUUGGGGGGGGGGGUGUUUUACAAAUGCUCAUGCCUAAUUCCUCAAGGUCCUGUUGGACAGUCCAUUGAAGACAGGAAAAUGAGUGACAAGGAAGUGCAUAUGAAUGUGUAUCCUAGUCUUCUCUGCCCCUGAGAAUUUGUCCAGCAUCUCAACUCAGUCAGAGGAACAGAAGUUUAUCGCACUUUCCUCCUGACCUAGAUGGGUUCACAAGCUUGCUCAUCUAAGGAUAAUUCUUAGUAGAGGGAAUGGGUGUACGUGUUCCUUCUCACUGCACUCACAAGAUAUUGUGCUCUGUAGCUACAUGUAGGCUUGAUUUUCACAAAUCUGUAUGCUUUUAAUGAGGGGGAAGGAGUGUGAAGGUUGAGCCUCCACACCUUCAGGCCUAUGUAUGAAGUGAAAAUACUCCCACAGUUACUAUGUGUAGAAUGUAUGCAUUAACACUGUCACCUAGCAGGUGUGUGAACCUGCUCAUAUUAUUUUCCAGUUCCAUUUUUCUUCCUGUGAGUAUUGUAGGCCAAGGAGAAAAGGGAGUUGGCUAUCCUGGCCCAGAAUUUGCACAUUAUUCCCCUUUCCCCAAAUUUCCCACACCAGAUCUGUUGUUUGCAGAUAUAAAUUGAGGACCAAACAGCUUCUUGGUCAAGCUCCACACUCUGCAUUGUAAUACUUAUCUCAGAUAUCUUGAGAAUUAUUUGUGCCCUGGACUGGGGGAUGAUGCUAGGAAAGGUCAGUAUACAAAGAUAUACACCAUAGAACACCUUUUUACAAAAUAACUUUUUCCAAAAUAACUUUUUCCAAACAAAUAAAUGAUUUUUUUCUAUUUUACCUUAUGAAAUAAGGUGCCAGUUAAAUAAUCUUUUUAUUAAACUAUUUCCAAAACAUAUAUAUUUGUCACCAUUGUGUCUUGAUCUCCUUAUCUCAUCUCUUAGAGUUGAAACUAAUGCAAGUGUUCAUUGUCCCCAAUAUUUUUGGUUUAUAUUUCUGCUUUCAAAAGGAAACUUUGACAUGGGUGUUCAUAAAUUUAUACACUGGUCUUUAAGGUUAUUAACCACAAAAGCCCAUAAAUACCAUUUGAAGAUCAAUUUAUGUAUUCUUAUUACCUUUUAAAGCAUCAGACUUCUGUCCUUAACUUUGUGUGUGAAGGAACCAUCGUCAUACAUCUAAUGAAGGAUUAAUAAAUACUACAUACAUAAUAAUUUCAUGGAUAGUCAUCUAAGCACACGAAAAGAUACUCUAGAUGCUUAAAAAAACUAUUAUGCUUUUCAACUCAGGCUGAAUGACUACUUCUACCGCAGUUUAACACUUUUGUGGAAUUUAAUGUGACUAAUUUAUUAUUGAAAUGACAAGAUAAACCUGACUAGCACUGCAGUCUUUAAAAAUUACAUUUCCUCCUUAGAGAUGGAGAGGACUUGGAGACUGGUGGGACUGCUCCCCAUGAAUGGUACAACUGUAUCUCCCCAGUAAAUCUACAAAUAAGGCAUACAUAUUGUAACAGUUAACCAACAAUCAGCGUUCUUUUCAUAAAUCUUAAAAACAAUUGUAUUUGUGUCUACUUAACUGUGACCUACUGUUCAAACAUUUUUUCAGAAGUCUUUUUAUAGUUUUUUUUAGGAAAAUCAUUCCAUAUUUAGGUAAAAAAAAGUGUCUCAAUCUUAUGUAUAUAAGUUUUAUUAAUAUGUACAUAUUUAGCUAUUUUUUAAAUUACUAUGUUCUUAAUAAAACCAACGAGGGACUAGUUGUGAAUUAGUGCAUAAGAUUGUGUUGUGUUAUCAAUCUCUGGGAAUCUGUCAAGUUCAGAAAAAAACACAAUAAAUUUACUCUAAUUCAACGUGAGUGUGUGUGCGUACGUGCGUGUGCACAUAUGUUCUUUUUAGACAUAGUUCAGAAAAGAUAACAAUACAAGCUAAUUUGUCUAAAUAGCCUGAACCACAUUUGAAUAAUCAGACGUGCCCAAUCCAAGAAAUACUCUGGCAGCCACCAAGCAGUGACUGCAGUUUCCCUUCAGUGAUAACCAAUGAAGAAAACAAGAACCCAGUCCUUUGCAAAUGAAAUCAGUAGAAAUAAAGGAGAGUAUAAAAGUACCUUCAGACACACAAGGACUCGAGCCUGCAAAAGGUCUUGAACUGAUGGCCAGGGUGGUGUCAGCCAGGGAUUCAACCUAUGUGCCAUACCCAGCUCUGGUAGAAAGAAGAAACUGUAGAGAGAGAAGCCAAGAAAGUGAGUGAGUCAGAUGAUACUCCUUACUUAUAUUUUUAAAAAAUCUGGUUGGUUGGUUUGUUUGAGCAAUUAGGAAAAUAUCUCUUGCUUGUUUCAGACUGUUGCUUUGCUCCCCUUGUUCCUCAAUCUACCAUCAGCUGUACAGGAACAGUGUUAACACACAUUUGAAAAGUUUCAAAAUAGUUUUGGCUAUUGUUGCAGCAAACACUAUUCUUUUAUAAAAAUAUAAUAGUUGGGACUACUUUAAGAAAAAAUCAGAAGAAUGGGCGAGCUUUUAAGAAGAGGAGUAGAGUGACAAAAUCACAGUUCUUGCAAGAGAUAUUUUUUAUUAUUUACAUACUUUUGGUAAACAUACUACAAAAGUAACAUUCAAAUUGGUGCUCCUGCACAAAACUUACAAGAGCCUGUAUUAUCACUGUAGUAGAAAAGCAACAAUCUUUUAACACAUCAGCUGCCUUAUUUAACUCAAUUUAUUAUACUGAGAUUGCAAUGCAGUAAGCAAGCCCUGUUGGAAUCAGUGGCUCUUGCAUGUCAAUAAGCAUGCAUGGGACUGUGUAAAAGUAGUAUAUAACGUUUCUCACAUGCUUACAGAAGAGGUAAUAUAUUACAGGAGUUCCUAAGCAUUUAAAAGUGUAUUUGCACAGAAAUGAAGAACAAGUUAAGACCAAAUUAAGAUUUCACCAACUGUAGAGAGACUAAACGUUCUCUGCUAUCAAAAAUUGAACAUUAAAUGCUAAUAUGAGACUUUUGUUUAUGUGUUUUUAAUAUUAUUUGAGGGUUUGCCAUCAAAAUAUAACCAAAGCAUUUCAGGGAAUACUCAGAUGGCCAAGGAAAUUUGUUGCAAACGUAUGGUGUGUUAUGAUCCCACGAAAGAAACAAUACAGUACAUGGCUGUAACAAAUAUUUGUGCAAGAAAUAAGAUGUUCAGGGUGAUCCUAAGUAUGGUUAUGCAGAAGUUUACUGAGUUAAAUGGAAUGUCCUCCUUAGAAAUGGGUUCAGGAUUUCAAUAUGUGUGUGUGUUAAGGUAAGAUCAUAAUACAAUCUAUAUGUUAAACUAAAUGUUAUUAAAUGCCCAUCUUCUACAAUCUGAACAAUUUAAAGAUAUAUGGAAUGCAUGUUUCCUCUACCUAUGCCUUUUCAGAUAUUACAAUAAACGAAUGGCUUGAUAAUUGUAGUAAAGUGUAUCCAGAACUUUCUGGUUGUUCAGGAGUUAAUGGUGUUUCAGAAGCAGCAUCUGUUUGUGUUCUGCUAUGAUGGGGGCUUUCUGUUGUGAUGCUCACUCACUGGGAUUAACUGUAUCCUACCAAAUAAACAUUGCUUUUGUUCUUCA